AUGUCCAGCGCAUCAUCUUCGUUACGCUGGCGGCGAGGGACGCUGACGACAUCGACGACGUUGCAGCAACGAGGGAUGGAUCUCGAUCACCAGAUCUUACCCUUCCUUUGUCGACUCCAUCGCCAUCAACGCCCUCGAUGUCUACCUCUUCAAUCGUCAUCGACGCGCUUGCCGCCUGCCUUGUCCAUCGCCAUGGACGACCGGUGA